AUGGCCGAUUUAGUCAAAAUCCAUGCUUUGAGAGACGGCAACAAUAGUGACGGUGAAGAACGAUUUCAGACGCUCGAGCAAGAGGCUUUCAUCAAUAGUCCGUCGGAGCUCCAGAACGAUUUGGUCGCCGACGCCGGCGGUGGGAUCGAAGCCGUCGCUAAUCGUCUGAGCAAAUGGGUUGUAGCUACUCUGUUUGGAUCCGUUCUGCUUCUGAGACAUGAUGGUGCAGCUUUGUGGGCUGUGAUUGGAUCUGUUUCAAAUUCGGCUCUUUCUGUAUCUCUAAAACGUAUUCUUAACCAAGAGAGACCCGUUGCAACAUUACGUUCUGAUCCUGGGAUGCCAUCUUCUCAUGCUCAAUCCAUUUCUUUCAUCUCUGUGUUUACCGUCUUGUCUGUUAUGGAGUGGCUUGGAACCAAUGAGCUCUCUCUGUUCCUUAGUGGCCUCAUUCUCGCAUUGGGUUCAUACUUUACAUGGUUAAGGGUUUCCCAGAAGCUUCACACGACCAGUCAAGUGGUGGUUGGUGCAAUCUUGGGAUCUGUUUUCUCAACCUUGUGGUACAUAGCUUGGAACUCACUUGUUCUUGAAGCCUUUGCUUCAUCAUUCUCAGUGCAAGUGGCUGUCUUUCUGGUCGCUGCUGCAUCUGCUCUAGGCUUUGCAGUAUACGUGCUACUUAACUGGUUUAAAGAUGACAGAUGA